AUGAUGAAAGACCAAUUCGAUAAUUUAUGCACUCUUGCAGAAUCAAAAGAAAGCAAAAUCAGAAGCCUUAAAACCAUUGGUUUGAUACAUGCAGGUCUUUUUAUGCUUUUGCUCAGAUUAGACUUUCUGGCAGGAUACAUAUGCGGAAUAUCUCGUUCAAAAAUGUUGACUGUUUUAUCAACCAUUAACGAGUUUGGCAAGAAAGUCCUUCCUAUGAUCGUACUUGCAUGGAAAGCAAAAAAAAUCAUCAGCAACUCCAUUGAGGUGAUGGACAAAAAUGACAAUAAAGAUCCACUUGAGUCUCUUCAAAAAUCAUGUGAAAAUGCAUGUCUUUCACCUUCAUAA